AUGGGUCACGCCGAGGAUAAUGUUGUUUGUAAAAUGGCGUCUGAGUUUAUGGAAGGUACUUUUUCGAGUUUUCAGUCUUCAGAAAAUCAUACUCAGAUGAUGUUAUGUUGUGAUUGUGGAGUUACAAUAUCUUCAAGUUUAUCAACAAUGUGUAUAGAUUGUAUUAAAGUUAAUGUUGAUAUUACUGAUGGAAUAUCUAAAGAAAAUAUAAUUCAUUCUUGUCGAGAAUGUGGAAGGUUUUUGCACUCACAGAAUCAGUGGUUGUAUGCAGAAGUAGAAAGUAAAGAGCUUUUAUCUCUUUGUUUAAAAAAAAUUCGUGGUUUAAAUAAGGUUAGAUUGGUAGAUGCAUCUUUUAUAUGGACAGAACCACAUUCUCGAAAAAUUAAAGUUAAAGUAACUAUACAGAAAGAAGUGUUAAUAUCUACAAUUUUGCAACAGACGUUUGAAGUGGAAUAUACAAUGGUAUACCAGCAAUGCCCAGAUUGUGCUAGGAUAUAUACGGCUCAUACAUGGAAAGCCCUUGUGCAAAUUAGACAAAAAGUUGAUCAUAAAAGGACUUUUUUAUAUCUUGAACAGCUUAUUUUAAGACAUCAUGCUCAUAGAGAUGCUUCAAGUAUUAAAGAGGUUAAGGAUGGCCUUGAUUUUUAUUAUUUAAAUAGAAGCCAUGCUAUUAAAUUUUUAGAAUUUCUUAGUACUGUAGUACCGGUGAAAACUAAAAAAAGUGAAGAGUUAAUAUCUAUGGAUAUUAAAUCAAAUAUUAGCAGUUAUAAGUUCACAUAUUCUGUAGAGCUUAUUCCUAUUUGUAAAGAUGAUUUAGUAUGUUUACCUAAAGACAUGGCUAAAUCUAUGGGGAAUUUAGAGCAGUUAGUUUUGUGUUAUAAAGUAGGAAAUUCUAUUCAUGUUAUUGAUCCAAGAAGUCUUCAAAUUGGUAAUAUUGUUCCUGCAAUAUAUUGGAAAAUGCCUUUUUUUUCUUUGUGCAAUGUCAAAGAUCUGGUAGAAUUUAUUGUUUUAGAUAUUGAAUUACUUGGUCCAGUGACUUGUAAGUUUGCAUUAGCAGAAGUCCAGGUUAUUCGGUCAUUUGAUUUAGGUUCAAAUAGCAAUCCCUAUUUUGUUUAUAGUCAUUUAGGUUCUAUUUUAAAGCCUGGGGAUAUUGUUAUGGGAUAUUAUCUUGAGAAUUCAAAUUUUAAUAGCUCAAUUUUUGAGAUGUAUCAAGAAACGUGUGCUUAUGUUCCAGAGAUUAUUUUAGUAAAGAAAGGUUAUCCAAGUAGAAGGAAAAAAAGUAGAAUAAGAAAUUGGAAACUCAAAACUCUGUUUAGUAAAGAAAAAAGUGAAACUAAUGGGAAAAAAUACGAUCAGACAUGUUUUGAAGAUGAUUACGAGUGUUUUUUGCAAGAUCUUGAAGAAGAUAUUGAACUUCGUCGAAAUGUAAAUUUAUAUAAAACAAAAAUGAAUUGUCAAAAAACAUUUAUGGCUACAAAUACUGAAGAUGAUGUGAGUGAUAGUGAGGAGUUUCCUGAAAUAGAUGUUAGUGAAUUGAUUGAUGAGAUUGGGGAAAUGAAUAUUUCUGAAGAAAUAUAA